GUGGACAACUAGAGGGCUUUAUAUUCAGAGAAGGUUUCAGCUGAUAAACCUUUUCUAAGAGGACAGUUUAUGUGAAGGAAUGCAGGUCCAGUCGGUUCCCCUCGGCUCCGUCACUAUUGGACCACAGUCCUGGCGCGAUGGGACCGUCCACUCCAUCCGGCGGGCAGAGCGCCUGGUGCGGCAGACUCGUGCUGGGCGUUCCGUGACUUGCAGCCGGCCCCGGAGCUGCAGCGCCACCGCAGGUUUCACCCCGCAGCGCACAGAAGGCACGGCGGAAACAAGCGGAGAUAAGAUCACAGCGGAGGAAUGCGCAGAGAGUCGUGACUGCAUCUGCAAAAAUAAGAUGUCGAGGCCCCAAACUACAGGAGCGAUGUUUCGUAGUGGCUCCCAGAGGACGCCUGUGGCCCCUUUCCCCCCGACCAGCCUGCGUGAGCAGUGUGCCGGGGCCAGCGUGGCCGUGGCCGGUGAGUACAUGCGGAGGGUGCGGGAGGUGGAGGCCCGGCUGCGCAGGCAGGCCGGCAGGGUGACCCAGGAGGGCAUCAAGCUGGAGAGGGAGAGGGGUCACCUGGAGAGGAUGCUGCGCAGCCUCAGGAGCCAUCUGACCGUCAACAGGAGGAGCUCAGACGGGAGGACCAGGAGGCCACCCACUGCUGAGACGGAGAGGGAUGGUGCUGAUUACUUGUUGCUGUGUGAGAAAAGAGAGCUGGCCCAGCUGAAACAGGAGCUGGAGGGAGCACUGAGAAACACGCUGACCCAGCUGCAGGCUCUGGGUCAGAGCAGCAGACAGCUGCUGGACUGUGCCAGUGAGCGGGCUCGUGUUCUGGAGCUGCUGCCUCACAGCGCCUCUGCUGGAGGACACACUGGUGCUCUGAGCUUCACCAAAGCAGACCCGGUCAGCCCCUUUACACCAGAAUGUAAACAGGUGUUAGAGUCGUCCACGGUGACAGUCAACCAGUCACAGCUGCUGAGGGAAAACAUCAGACAGAUGUUAGCCAGCGCCAUCACCAGGCAGAAAGCUGUUCACCGCACAGUCAACGAUGGCCUCGUGAAGAAAAUUGCAGAGACAAUCAGUCUGCAGCAACGUCUGACUUUGAUGUCUGCAGCCACCAGGCAGGCCAUGUUCCGCAAGCAGAGGGAAAUUAACUGUAUUCGCCACAGCCAUGACAGAGUGCAGGGUCCAGAGUACAGCGGUGACAUACUGUCCAGAGAGAAACUCAACAGGCCUCUGGUGCAGGUUUAUCACAGACACCCAGGGACACAGCUACCUGAGGCUGCUCAUCUCAUACAGGGCAGUGCAGUGCUGAGGCGAUGCCUAACGUCCUCCGAGGGUGAGCUGACGAGGCUACAGCGGGCCUGUCUGCAGCUGCUGGACGACCAGCACAGCAAGACAGCGGCAGCUCAGGUGGACGCCGCUGUUGUACGCAUGAGGCGUCAGCAGGUCGACAAGCGAGCCAUGCCUUCUGUUCUCCAGCAGGGGGCGUGCAUAAGCCAACUCCCACUGUCUUGCAUUCGGUAGGGCUGCAAGAGUGGAGAGAGAUGAUACCUUUGAGUGUGUUGUGAGAAAUAGGGAGU